AUGGCUAGUAGUUCAAAACGUGCGAGAUUAGAUGAAAAAAUAGAUUUAGUAUUAAUGAAAGAGGAAGCGGACAAAAUGUUGUUGGGGGUAUAUCAAGAACUAGGUGCGGGUAUAUUGGAGCAAAAUAAAAUGGACACGGCAUGGAAGUCUGAACUAGCUGCAGGUGUAUUUGACCCAAAUAAAAUGGACACGGAAUGGAAGUAUGAAGUACAAUAUAAAGAUGGUUAUACCCAAAAAGUUGCUGUUGGUCAUGAAUUUCAACUAGCAAAACCCAAGAUUAAAGAACCCGAAGCACAAAUGAAGGGGACAAGGUUUUCAAUGAACAUUUAUGACGAUCUAUGUACAAUCAUAUAA